GUUUCUUGUUUCUGGUGGUUGUCGUCUGUUCUAUUCUGCGCAUGUCUGCUCUGUCUUCGCGCAUGUGCAGUUCAUUGCUUAGGAAGAAACGGGAAGAUGUCUCUGACGAGCUUUUUACCGGCGCCGACCCAGCUGUCCCAAGAUCAGUUGGAGGCUGAGGAGAAGCUCCGGGCCCAGAAGUCUUACUCUACCGCCCUGGUUGCAUCCCGUAGAGAGCCCCCUCCUUAUGGACACAGAAAAGGCUGGAUACCUCGCUCACUCGAGGACUUUGGAGAUGGAGGUGCUUUCCCAGAGAUCCAUGUGGCUCAGUUUCCUCUGGAGAUGGGUAGAAAGAAGAAGACAUCAAAUGCCCUGGCAGUACAAGUGGAUGCAGAAGGAAAGAUUAAAUAUGAUGCCAUUGCCAGACAAGGACAGGGAAAGGAUAAGGUGAUCUUCAGUAAAUACACAGACCUGCUUCCAAAGGAAGUUCUCAAUGAAGAUGCUCCAGGACUACAGAAGCCAGAUGAGGAGGCUAUACAAGAGCUCACAGAGAAGACACGUACAGCCCUGGAGAAGCAGGUGUCUCAAAAAAUCGCUGCUGCCAUGCCUGUAAGAGCCGCAGACAAACAAGCUCCUGCACAGUACAUCAGGUACACCCCGUCCCAACAGGGAGUGGCAUUUAAUUCAGGGGCCAAACAGAGGGUGAUCCGCAUGGUGGAAAUGCAGAAAGACCCUAUGGAACCUCCACGUUUUAAAAUCAACAAGAAGAUUCCUCGUGGACCGCCUUCUCCCCCUGCCCCUGUGAUGCAUUCUCCAAGCAGAAAGAUGACGGUCAAGGAGCAGCAAGAGUGGAAGAUUCCACCGUGCAUCUCCAACUGGAAGAACGCUAAGGGCUACACCAUCCCACUCGACAAACGUCUGGCUGCUGAUGGGAGGGGUCUUCAAACGGUUCACAUCAAUGAAAACUUUGCCAAGCUGGCUGAGGCCCUCUAUAUUGCUGAUAGAAAGGCCAGAGAGGCUGUGGAGAUGCGAGCUCAGGUAGAGAAGAAGAUGGCUCAGAAGGAGAAGGAAAAGAAGGAGGAGAAGCUGAGGGAGCUGGCCCAAAUGGCUCGAGAUCGCAGGGCAGGGAUCAAAAGUCACGGUGACAAAGGUGGCGAGGACAGCGAGGCCAGGGAGCGUGACGAGAUCCGCCAUGACAGAAGGAAAGAGAGGCAGCACGACAGGAACAUUUCCAGAGCUGCUCCCGAUAAGAGGUCGAAGCUGCAGAGAGAUCAGGACAGGGACGUCAGUGAGCUCAUCGCUCUGGGCAAGCCCAACCCUCGUUCCUCCAGCGAGGCGCAAUAUGACCAGAGACUCUUCAAUCAGAGCAAGGGUAUGGACAGUGGCUUUGCUGGUGGUGAAGAUGAGACGUACAACGUGUAUGACCAGCCUUUCCGCAGUGGCAGAGAUAUGGCCUCCAACAUCUACAGGCCCAGCAAGAAUAUAGACAAAGAUGCUUACGCAGAUGAUUUGGACUCACUCAUGCACAACAACAGGUUUGCCCCAGACAAAGAGUUCUCAGGCGCCGACCACGGGCAGAGGCGCGAAGGACCUGUUCAGUUUGAGGAGGAUCCCUUCGGUCUGGAUAAAUUUUUGGAGCAAGCCAAGCAGCACGGCGGCUCUAAGAGGCCAUCCACUAGCAACCGCUCCAAGGAUGACUACCACGACAAGAAGCGCAGGAAGGAGUGAGAGCAGCUCGGUGCACUUCUAAUACAGAGGGGGAGUCAGUGCAUCCCCUCAGCGGUUGAGGGGUGUUGUGGUAUACAAGUAUCUGUCAGGACUGGACAUUAAGAUUGAUGUCUUCUUUCAGUGUGAAAGAGGGUGUAAGGCUGUGUAAAACGCUUGUUUUUUGUUUGUUUUUUUGUCUAUUAGACUUCAUUAACCCAUGUUGAGCAUUUGUUGUGAGGCAAAGUAUGAGUGGGCUCCGCAUCUGAAACAUUACUCUUUAUACAGUGCAACCUCUUUCAUUUCACAUGUGGCUGGGAAUGGUGAUAACUGACCCUGGAAAAAAUGUAGAUUUUAGUCACUGUCUGCUUUUGUUUUCAUAAACCUGUAAUGCUGAAGGUUACAGAAUAAACUCAACAGGAAUUCCUCAGUA